AUGGGAGCAUGUUCAUCUAGUAAACCAAUUCCUAAACAAUCAAAUUAAGCUAGUAAUAGAUAAGUAUAAGAGGAUCCAAUCAUUUCUGUUAUUUAUUAUAUUGCAGAUGAACCAGUUUAAGUUGAAAUCCAAAAUUAAUAAAAAGAAGAUUUAAAUUAAGAGAAUCAAUAUUAGGAUAAUCAAGAUUAAAAUAAUCAAUAAUCUGAUAUAGAUCAAUUAGAAAUUAAUGAAGAAGACAAUAAUAAAUACAUAGACGAAGAAUUACUUUUAGAUAACACUGAUGAUACAAUUCAAAAACCUGCAGAAACAUUCAAUUUCAUAAAUACUGGAUAAACUCUUAUGUAACAUAGAAAUCAAAGUGAUGUCAAGGUUUUGUAAAAGUAAAGAAUCUUUUAGGGAGAAAAAGAAAAUAUGUUCUUAUCUUGA